GGAAUGACUUCACUCCACUGGGCUGCCUUCCACAACAGGCCCCAGCACGCCCAGACGCUGCUGUGCAAAGGAGCAGACCCAACUCUGGUGGACAAGGACUUCAAAACCGCCCUGCACUGGGCAGUACAGAGUGGCAACAGGAUUCUGUGUUCCAUCAUUCUGGACCACUACCAGGGACCAUCAAUAAUAAACUAUGAUGACGAGAAUGGCAAAACAUGUAUGCACAUCGCUGCUGCUGCAGGCUACAGUGACAUUAUCAGUGAGCUGGCUAAAGUCCCGGAGUGCAACCUGCAGGCCCUUGAUGUAGAUGACAGGACGCCUUUGCACUGGGCUGCAGCAGCAGGGAAAGCUGACUGCGUGCAGACACUGCUGCAGCUGGGGAUAGACAGCAGCCCCCGAGACAUCAAUGAAAACACUCCUCUGACAUAUGCAAUGUACUGCGGGCACACAGCAUGCAUCAAGCUGCUGUCCCAGGAGAGCAGUAGAUCUGAUCCAGUUCAUCAGUUUCCCUCCCAGAACAACAGACUCCUAAAGAAACAGGGACGACUCAGUAUGCUGAACCACAUUUUCUCUUGCAAAAAGAAGAAAGAUGAUCAGAAAACCUGUCAGGAGAGCAGAGACCGAUAUCCUGGAGAAGAGACCUCUGAAGUAGAUGACAUCAUCACCACGUUUGAUUGCAUUAUGGACACAAACUGCAAAGACAUUCCAGAUGAGUGUGUGACUACUGCUGACUUUAAAAGAAGGAGUACAAACACAAAGUACCUCAUAGCAGAAAAGAAGCAAACAGAAUGUCAGGGACUUCUGCCUGUCAGAACCCAGAGCCUCCCCCCAAUCACUGUGGGCAAUUCCUUCCUAACUGCUUCCCAGAGCAUAACGUCAAGCUUCUCCUCCAGCACCAGCACUCAUCAUUUUGCACACAAGUCUCAAAAGAGUAGGAGCGAACACAACUUGCUGGACCACAGAAGCAGCUGCCAGGCUUUGCUGAAUGAUCCCUGGAACAGAGACUCUAACCAACUACUCUCCUAUAAAGUGUGUACUAGAACUCUUUCAGACAAACUGAUAAAUGGCUUAAACUCUGAUAGAUCUCACCAUGCGCCAUUGUGCCCUCCCCGUCUUCCCUCUCUUCCCAGUUCUCCAUCAGGUAAGAAUUUUCAACAGAUGUCUGUAGACCAACCCAAAAUAAAAAAUCUUACUCCUCUACGGAAAAGCCUAGCUCCCAUACCCAACCACUGUGCUCACAAAACUCAGCUACCAUCUCAGGGUGCUAAGAAGUUUAAGUCCCUGCCUUUAAGUUCCCUAUGGACUGAUGCUGUUAUUCUCCCACCAGCCCCAACCUCCAGAUCCCAGAAAAGGGGACAUUCUCAGAGUCAUUUGCUCUAUUCUCUCUUGCCUGGCCUAUCAGGAGAGCCUCUGAAACCAAGUCGUGUCCUGCCUGCUAUCCCAAGCCAGAAGAAAUCUAACGCUGCAGAAGAGCUUGAGAAACCUCUCACCAAACCAGACACGGAAAAUUAA